AUGCAGCGGAGAGGCGCUGCCGCAAAGCGGCUUGCGCACGAGUGGCGCGCUCUUGCGAAGCUCGAUGCACCGGCAGAUGAAUUCAUCAUGCACCUGGCGCCCGUGAGCGACGAUGAUCUGAUGCACUGGCGUGCCGUCGUGCAGCCGCCGCCGACGGGGGUGUACGGCGGAGGGCGCUUUGAACUGGAGAUUGUUGUGCCGGACACGUAUCCUAUCAAGCCGCCGUCAAUGCGGUUCCGCACGCGCAUUUUCCACCCGAACGUGCACUGGAAGACGGGGGAGAUCUGCCUCGAUGUGCUUCAGACGCAAUGGAGCCCGGCGUGGACGCUGCACAGCGCGUGUACGGCGGUGCUAGCGCUCCUCGACGCGCCCGCGCCGGAGAGUCCGCUGAACGUCGAUGCGGCCAAUCUGCUGCGCACGGGCGAUGCGGUGGCGUACCGUUCAUUGUGCCAGAUGUACACACGCCUGUAUGCUAUGGCGUAG